AGGCACCCAUCCUCUAUGGUGAAGAUGAGUCGGGACCCCCUGCAGGUGAUCGGCGGACAAGUCAAGGAGAUGCAAGUUUCUUCCAAUGGGGACAACAUAGCAUCAUGGGAGGAGACGCAGGAGUGCAAUCAGGACCACCCGGACCUCGCCGACAAACCAAAACAAGUGACAGGCAGACGAGCCCGCAAGGUGGAAGGAGGCGUGUUCUUUCCCAAGCCCGAGAACGCAGUGACUAUCGCCGUUUCUACAAGAGUUCUGUUCCGAACGGAACGGGAGCAGAAAGUGUUUGAGCAUGACGGUGUGGAGGAGUACCUGAGGUACCAAAUCGAACACGAGAACGAACCCUUCGCCCCCGGACCGGCGUUCCCCUUCGUCAAGGCUCUGGAGGCAGUAAACGCUCGGCUUCGUGAGUUGUAUCCGCAAAGUGAGGAGCUGUUCGACAUUGUCCUGGUGACAUACAACCACGCUCAUGUAGGCAUCCGCCUCAUCAACACCAUCAACUAUCACAAUCUGUUCAUAGAGAGGUUUUGCAUGACGGGUGGAAGCAGUCCUAUCGGCUAUCUGAAGGCCUGGCAAACCAACCUCUACCUGUCAGCUGAUGCAGACAAGGUCAGGGAAGCGCUGGCUGAAGGCAUUGCUGCGGCCACCAUGUUCAUGCCAGACAAGGCAACAGAGGUGUCCGAGUCCCAGCUGAGGGUGGCGUUUGACGGCGACGCCGUUCUCUUCUCCGACGAGUCCGAGCGCAUCUUCAAGGCCCACGGGCUGGACAAGUUCUUCGAGCACGAGCGCGAAAACGAGGACACGCUACUUGACCAUGGGCCACUGAAAGGUUUCCUGGAGGCCCUUGGGAAGCUCCAGAAGAAGUUUUACGCAAAAGGCCAGCGCCUGGACUGCCCGAUCCGGACCUUCUUAGUCACCGCCCGAAGCGCGGCCAGCUCCGGGAUCCGAGCCCUGAAGACCCUCAGGGCCUGGGGUCUGGAGAUCGACGAGGCCCUGUUCCUAGCGGGGGCGCCCAAGGGCCCCAUGCUGGAGAAGAUCAGGCCUCACAUCUACUUUGACGACCAGAUGUUUCACGUGGAGGGCGCGACCGAGAUGGGCACCGUGGCCGCGCACGUGCCUUACGGCAUAGCGCAGAAACACAAUGCCCGGCACAAGUCUGGCGUGGGCAAGUAGACAAGAUGGAGCACAAACUGAACCUUUACGAGAAAGACACUUCUGUUGUAGGAAUGUUUCUUACAAAUAGUCUUAUCUAGAGAUGUCCGAUAAUAUCGGACUGCCGAUAUUAUCGGCCGAUAAAUACUUUAAAAUGUAAUAUCGGAAAUCAUCGGUAUCAGUUUCAAAAAGUAAAAUUUAUGACUUUUCAAAACGCCGCUGUACGGAGUGGUACACGGACGUAGGGAGAAGUACAGAGCAGUUGCGUCUCCCAGUCAUACUUGCCAACCCUCCCCAUUUUCCCGGGAGACCCCCGAAUUUCAGUGCCCCUCCCGAAAAUCUCCCGGAGCAACCAUUCUCCUAAAUUUCUCCCGAUUUCCACACAGACAACAACAUUGGGUGCGUUCCUUAAAGGCACUGCCUUUGCGUGCCUGCCCAGUCACAUAAUAUCUACGGCAUUUCACACACACAAGUGAAUGCAUUCAUACUUGGUCAACAGCCAUACAGGUCACAAUGAGGGUGGCCGUAUAAACAACUUUAACACUGUUACAAAUAUGCACCACACUGUGAACCCACACCAAACAAGAAUGACAAACACAUUUCGGGAGAACAUCCGCACCGUAACACAACAGAACAAAUACCCAGAACCCAUUGCAGCACUAACUCUUCCGGGAUGCUACAAUAUACCCCCCGCUAACCACCCCCCCCAACCUAAACCCCGCCCACCUCAACCUCCUCAUGCUCUCUCAGAGAGAGCAUGUCCCAAAUUCCAAGCUGCUGUUUUGAGGCAUGUUAAAAAAAAUUAUGCACUUUGUGACUUCAAUAAUAAAUAUGGCAGUGCCAUGUUGGCAUUUUUUUUCCAUAACCUGAGUUGAUUUAUUUUGGAAAACCUUGUUACAUUGUUUAAUGCAGUGGUCCCCAACCUUUUUGGAGCCACGGACCGGUCAACGCUUGAAAAUUUGUCCCACGGACCGGGGGGGACGACAAUAUUAUAUAUAUUUUUUGUCAUAAAAAAAUACGAUCGUGUGUGCUUACGGACUGUAUCCCUGCAGACUGUAUUGAUCUAUAUUGAUAUAUAAUGUAGGUGCACUAAUUGUAAGUGUGUCUUGUGUUUUUUAUGUUGAUUUAAUAAAACAUUUAAAAAAGCAAUUUUUUUUUUUUUUUCCCUUGUGCGGCCCGGUACCAAUCGAUCCACGAGUUGUUGGCAUUUUUUUCCAUAACUUGAGUUGAUUUAUUUUGGAAAACCUUGUUACAUUGUUUAAUGCAUCCAGCGGGGCAUCACAACAAAAUUAGGCAUAAUAAUGUGUUAAUUCCACGACUGUAUAUAUUGGUAUCGGUUGAUAUCGGAAUCGAUAAUUAAGAGUUGGACAAUAUCGGAAUAUCGGCUAUCGGCAAAAAAGCCAUUAUCGGACAUCUCUAGUCUUAUCCUCUAAUGAGUUCCUGCUGCUUUAAAGCUGCAACAGAAACACCUGCUUGGGGUCACAAAAUGAUCCUCAUUGUGAAUGAAACCAGCCAGCGGUACCAUAAGGCACGUGCACAGGUGGACCCGAGCGAUGCUCAAGCACCUGCCCUUUUGCUCUCCAUGAGAAAAGUGCUCUUUCUGCCGGAGCCAUUUGUGUCUUCAUUCAUUUAAGAGUAAAAACACUAUGAGUAAUAAA